AUGUCGGAGGCGAUGGAUGACGAUAUUCCUUCUAGUGAUUCGAGCGAGUACUCUAUUACUAUAACGAGUGAAGAUGGUAGUGGUUACAUCGCUGAUGGUUCGGAAGGGGCUAAUUCUGCUGAUUCCGGUGAUAUCUCUAUGACCAAUGGAGAGGGCGAGGAAGGCGACGCUGGUGAUGAUUCUGAGCAAGACUACAGUCCUACACCCUAUAUUGUAUAUAAUCUUCAAACAGAGUCACAGAACUUGCCAGCUUUAGAAGAAGUGCUGAACCAAUCAAAGCACAAAUGGCUCUAUUCUCAAGAUGUUGCUCAUAUUUGCAAUUUCCCAUCUGAUCUUACUCUCACCAAGCAAACAAUCAAAUUCUACAAUCAAGGCUUGUAUCUGUUCCACAAGUGGACGCCUCCGGACGAGUACAAUUGGGAAGCUAUCUCUGAAAUUCUUGCCAAGAAGACUAUUGGUCCGUUUGCCACGGGUGUGCGAACGACAUUGUAUAGAAGAGUCUAUCAGCUCAGCGGUUCUUUGCAAUCAGAAUAUGUCCUUGUACAUUACAGAGUUUCGUACUUGGACGACAGUAUUACAUCUUGUGAUGAUUCGGGCAUAAGUGUGAUAGUUUUAGAUUCUGACAACUCAAAUGGAGACCAUACAAGUGAUGAAGAUUUCAUUGGUGAGGGUAACGAAGAUUCUACCAAUGAGCAAGAUAAUCUUGAGGAUUGCAAGAAUCACAGCACUAAAUUUCUCCAGACUCUAUCUCUUGAUGACGCUCUCCCAGGGACAAUCAGCAACAACUUCUGUCACCCAAAGAACGAUGACUUCUCUCUCUAUGCGCAUGCUGGGAAUGUUAUCCUGAUUGGUUUUUCACCCGAUGAAAUGGAGGAACUUGCGCACGAGUAUGAAGCCAGUACAAACUCUGAUGCUGCUCAGCUGGGGACAUUCAUGAAAUAUGAGGAUCAGUCUGAGACAUCAUCCAGCCACGGUGGUGUCACAGCUCCAGGACCAGUCUCUGUUGCGCAGCUCCCAGAACUCGAAGACAACGUUUCCAACUCCUUGUUCUUCUGUUAG